AGGCGGUGUUACUGAAACUGGGCAACACGCAACUUUCACGUCGUGCUGCAGGGCCUGGAGAACUGGAGAUUGGCGAUUCGAUUCUCUUUUCGGGCCUCAUAACGGUUCAUUUUCUUUUCAAGGGGUUCACGGCUUUAGAGGGAAGCAGGGAGGUCCCACUGACAUGCUUUCUAUGAUACGGGGGGGGUUUCAAAAUUUUGCCCGGGUGUUAGGCUCGCGGAUGAUCUAUGUAUGCCUUGGAGAGGGAUGGGGAUUCCCUGGCUCGGUCAUUACUGGCUAUGCUGAGCAAGUAAGCUCACAGUUUCUGGCUUGGACGUAUCGAGUGCUCGAUGAAGCUUCAACCAUACGUUCAUGGCGCGGCAACAGUGAAUCAAGAACGAGUUACCACGCACGUACCCUCUCGGUUUUGGCAUCGUCCCACCGUGCCGUUGUCUGUCCUGAUGAUUACCGCCGGACCAAAUUCCAGGGAGCUUGUUUGGACUCUGGCUGGGAAGUGUUUCCACAGUUGGACUACCAUUCGGUAUAUCGGGUGGUGAACAUGCUUCAUCUGUGUUUUGCAGCGGUGCUAUUCAAGUCUUCAGAUUCUGCAAUCGGUUCGUGCCUGUUGUUCGUUGUGUACAUUGUAGAUCUAUACAACUUUCUGAGUCUAAGUUGCUCUUCACUUGCAAGGUUUAAGGAAGGCUCUACGAACAGCUCGUCCUUCUCCAGGCAGAGAGGACGUUCCCCAUCUCAAAACAGAAGGACAACACGUGACUCGUGUUUUGGAUCUUGCUCGCUUGGCUUAUGGUUCCGGAGAAUAAGUCUCUCUAAUUGACCCGCUAAGGUGACGGGAGAGCAAUGCGAAGACUGGAUUCAGGAGAGGAAGAGGUAUGUUCAAGAUAUGUUAGGGCACUAUAGGUAGGAUUUGUGGGAAGAACACUCACAACUCUCCCGG